GGGCUGCGCCGCGCCGCGCCUGCCAGGAGCGCUGCCCAUGGAACGGCCGCCCGGCCAGCCCUGAGCCGGCGGCCCUGGCCGCCCGCCCGCAGCCGACCCCGAUGGAGCCCGAGGAGCGGAAGAUCUCGGUGUGGAUCUGCCAGGAGGAGAAGCUGAUCUCCGGGCUCUCCCGGCGGACCACCUGCUCGGACGUGGUGCGCGUGCUACUGGAAGACAGCCACCACCGGCGGCAGCGGCCGGCGCUGCCCGAGCCCGGCGGCGGGAUGCUGUCGGGGCCGCCGCACUCCUACUGCAUCGUGGAGAAGUGGCGCGGCUUCGAGCGCAUCCUGCCCAACAAGACGAAGAUCCUGCGGCUCUGGGUGGCGUGGGGGGACGAGCAGGAGAACGUACGCUUCGUGCUGGUGCGCAGCGAGGCCUCGCUGCCCAACGCGGGGCCGCGCAGCGCCGAGGCGCGGGUGGUGCUGAGCAAGGAGCGCCCCGGCCACGGCCUGGGGGCGGCCCGCGCCAGCCUGGCACUCACGCAGGAGCGGCAGCGGCGGGUGGUGAGGAAAGCCUUCCGCAAGCUGGCCAAGAUCAACAAGAGGCGGCAGCAGCCGCUGGCUCGGGAAGCCUCGUCGGCGGAGAGGAUGGAGACGCUGGUGCACCUAGUGCUCUCACAGGACCACACCAUCCGGCAGCAGAUCCAGCGGCUUCGCGAGCUGGACCGGGAGAUCGACAGGUACGAGGCCAAGAUCCACCUGGACCGCAUGAAGCGGCACGGCGUCAACUACGUGCAGGACACCUACCUGGUGGGGGCCGGCGGCGGGGAGCCGGAGCCGGGCCGGGAGCCGGGCGGGGCGGCCCAGCCCGCUGCCGGCCGCCCCGAGGAAGACUACGCUAGGAAGUGUGAGGAGGUGCUGCAGCUGCAGGAGCAGCGAGCGCAGCAGGAGGAGCUGCUGGAGCACCUGGCCGCGGAGAUCCAGGAGGAGCUCAACGAGCGCUGGAUGAAGCGGCGGCGGGAGGAGCUGGAGCUGGCAGCGGGGCCCGGCCUGGCCGAGACGGACUGCGACACCACGGAGCUGAGCGGCGGCGGCGAGGGCGAGCUGCACCUGGAGCACGAGCGAGUGAAGACCCAGCUGAGCACCAGCCUCUACAUUGGCCUCAAGCUGAGCACGGACCUGGAAGCCGUCAAAACCGACCUGGACUACACGCAGCGGGCGUGGGAGGACAAGGAGCGGGAGCUGCAGCGCUUGCUGGAGACGCUGGGCACCCUGGACGUGGCGGAGGCGGCGGCGGAGCCGCGCGGGGCGGCGGGGAGCAGCGCGGCCGGCUGGGUGGAACAGGCGCGGGCGCUGCGCAAGGACCGCGCCGACAACGGCGAGGACUCGGACACGGGGCUGAGCUCCAUGCACAGCCAAGACUCGGACUCGCUGCCCGUCUGCGAGUCCCUCGUUUAGCACCCGCCUGGCAGCAGAGCUCGGUCCGGUGCCCUCCCCGUCCGCUGGGCAGCGCGGCACAGGCGCGGCGGGCGGAGCGGAGCCGCAGUGCCGGGACAGAGCGAGCUGCAGGACUGCAAGAAAACUCGCUGAAGGAGGCAGUCACGCCGAGGAAACAUUUUAAUUUUAGCUUUUGCGUUUAAACUUGUUCUAACUAGUCAUCCGCGGGCAGCACUUAGGCUGGUGCGCCGGUACUUUUAUCUGAGGAAGAAAAACCCACAACGUGUUUGUGUUUCACUCACGUCGGGGGUUGCUUGCUCCCUGCUUCCCUCCGAAGGCUUCUUGCUGGGCCUUUUAAGGCUGUGGCUCCCCACACUACCCCACAGCAGCACAGGCGCUCCAGGGAUGCUGCUCACGAGUGGAGCACUGUAAACCAGUUCUCUCCUGAACAGUUUCUCAGCAUAGAAAAGUUAGAUGGGAAUAGUGGCUGUUGUUUAGUAAUACACCCAGCUCUCCUUCACAGGUGAAAAGGCACUGAGACUAAAGCUGCUGCUUGUUUAAACACUACAGAAGAGGUAUCAGUGCUAUUGCCACUGACCCUGGGAUCUCCCAGAGUGGAAGGUUGUGCAGUUUUGGCAACAACAACAAAUUGCUUUUUUAAAAACAACCUGAAUCAAAAUGCAGAGUAAGAUGUUGUAUUAACUGCUCUUUGUAGUGCUUUUUCUUAUGCAUAGGUAAGAGUGUGCUUUGUUUAAAGGUAUACUAAGGAAUCUAUUAGAUCAAUGGUCCUGGGACAGUCAUUGACAGUAACGAGCAGUGCUUGUAUGUAUACAGCCUUCAACUACUACUUUUUUUUCCCCACUAGACUAACUGCUAUUUGACUGAGCAUGGUUGUAGAUAAGCAAAGAAGCAGCUUGAGCUACCAUUUUUAAUGGUUCAUAUCAGGCCAAGAGAUACAAUGAUGUAAGCAUGACUCAAGCCCUGCCUGCACUACAGCUUAAUCUUUUCAGUUAUUCCAAUGAAAAAAAAUACAGCAUCAGCUGUAACAUGCAUUUCAUUUAACUGCCAAAUCUUCCUCUGCAGCUUAACUCUCACUGAAAAUGUAUGAUCUGCUCUGUAAGUGACAUUAAGGAUUCUUGUAUCACAGAAUAAUUGCAGAAACACUGAGCAGUGAGAGACCAGAGAACGUCAAGUCAGGUCUGACUGAUGGAGUAAAUUUUUAGAAACUUCUGACAUUAUUAUUUAUGUAGGGCUAUUUAUGAAAGUGUUCAUUUAAGGGAUAAGGUAUAAAAAAGGGGUACACUAAUAGACACGUUUUUAUUUGUGGUAAAGACCUCACACCUUCUUCACCUGAAGACCAGGUUCCACCCUUUUGCGACGUUCUUGCUGGUAGGAAUUCUGGACUAGACUCUGCAACUGGUCUAGUUUGAAAGCAAUCUGAGAAAUACUGUAUGUGAAUUGGUUGAGGCUGUACAAUUCCCUGUAUGCUAUAAUUCUUGACAAAUGUUAUUCCACUGAAGGGGUCUCAGUUAUAACAAACUGUGGUUUAUUUUAAACACAGAUGAUAUAAUUGUUUUUCAUAUUAUGGUCCACCUUGGAAAAUAUUUAAGAACUUAU